UUUUAUUUUCUUAGUCACUGCACUGUAGAUGUUGGUGAACUUUCACACACAACUGUUAGAGAGGCUUCCUCCUGUCCUGCAUGUGGCGGUACUGAGUGUGUGUGUGUUUUGGUUUGGAAGCGGCUCUUUCUUCCACACAGGCAGUAAACACAGGCAGGGAAGCAGCUGUGGAACACCGGAGUUGGAUGUUUCUCUCCUUGUCGCGGUCACGGCAGUGCUGUGAGGGGAUCCGGGGUUUACCGGGAUUAUUACCGGGACAGUAGUGCAGCUGGAUUUAGGGAUAUUAUUGUGAGUCUGCGGUUUCCUGGUCUUUAAUGAGGAGCUGAAGAGGAGGAGAAAGAGAAAGAGAAGGAGGAAGAGAAAGAGAAGGAGGAACGCCGGGGGAUGCGAACAUGGCAUCGGUGCGCGUGGCGGUGCGCGUGCGGCCCAUGAACCAACGGGAGAAGGAGCUCUUGGCCCAGUGCAUCAUCGAGAUGGAAGGAAACAAGACCACAAUUACCAACCUAAAGAUCCCUGAUGGCGUGACGGGUGACUCGGUGAGGGAGAGAACGAAAACCUUCACGUUCGAUUUUUCCUACGACUCGGCUGAUCGCACCAGCACCAGAUUCAUCUCACAGGAGAAGGUGUUUAAGGACCUGGGUUCAGAUGUGCUCAAGGCAGCGUUCGAGGGGUACAAUGCUUGUAUCUUUGCUUACGGACAGACGGGCUCAGGGAAGUCCUACACCAUGAUGGGCAACCAGGGAGAUGUGGGGCUGAUUCCGAGGAUUUGCGAGGGCCUUUUCACCAGGAUUACCGGUAUGACCCGUCGUGAUGAAGCCUCCUUCCGUACGGAAGUCAGUUAUUUGGAGAUCUAUAACGAGCGUGUGCGAGACUUGCUGAGGAGAAAGCUGGCUAAGACGUACAACCUGCGCGUGAGAGAGCACCCUAAAGACGGCCCUUACGUCGAAGACCUGUCCAAGCACCUGGUUCAGAACUACAGCGAUGUGGAGGAGCUGAUGGAGGCGGGGAACAUCAACCGCACCACGGCAAGCACAGGCAUGAACGACGCCAGCAGCCGCUCGCACGCCAUCUUCACCAUCAACUUCACGCAGGCGAAGUUCGAUGCGGAGAUGCCGUGUGAGACGGUCAGUAAGAUUCACCUGGUGGAUCUGGCAGGCAGUGAGAGAGCCGAUGCGACUGGUGCCACCGGCGUUCGCCUCAAAGAAGGAGGCAACAUCAACAAGAGCUUGGUUACCCUCGGCAACGUCAUAUCCGCCUUGGCUGAUAUGUCUCAGGACGGAGGAAGCGGCCAUCUGAAGAAGAAGCAGGUGUUUGUCCCGUACAGAGACUCUGUCCUCACCUGGCUUCUCAAAGACAGUCUGGGAGGAAACUCCAAAACCAUCAUGAUUGCCACCAUUUCUCCUGCGGACGUGAACUACGGCGAGACGCUGAGCACGCUGCGCUAUGCUAACCGUGCCAAAAACAUCAUCAACAAACCCACCAUCAACGAGGACGCAAACGUGCGGCUGAUCCGUGAGCUGAGAGCUGAGAUCGUUCGCCUCAAAGCCCUGCUCGCCCAGGGGAACCAGAUCGCACUUCUGGAUUCACCCACAGCUCUGAGUAUGGAACAGAAACUGCACCAGAAUGAGGCUCGGGUGCUGGAACUGACAAAGGAGUGGGCAAACAAAUGGAAUGAAACACAGAAUAUUCUGAAGGAGGAGACACUAGCUCUGAGGAAGGAAGGAAUUGGUGUGAUCUUGGACUCACAACUUCCUCAUCUCAUUGGCAUUGACGACGACCUGCUCAGCACCGGCAUCAUCCUCUACCACUUAAAGGAGGGGAGGACAUGUGUAGGCCGGGAAGAUGCUGCCAACGAACAGGACAUCGUUCUUCAUGGCUUGGGACUGGAGAGUGAACACUGUUUGUUUGAGAAUCAGGAUGGCACCGUGACGCUGAUCCCUCUGAGCGAGUCGCAAUGCUCAGUGAAUGGGAUUCACAUCACCGAACCAUGCCAGCUCAACCAAGGUGCUGUGAUCCUACUGGGAAGGACCAACAUGUUCAGAUUUAACCAUCCUAAAGAAGCAGCCAAACUGCGUGAGAAGAGGAAGAGCGGCCUUCUCAGCACACUGAGUCUCUCAAUGACCGAUCUCUCCAAGUCCUGUGAGAACCUCUCCACAGUCAUGCUCUACAACCCUGGUCUCUUCACAGAGAAGGGGCCGGUCUUUCUCAGACUGGAGUUCGAGAGGCAGCAGCGAGAAGAGCUGGAGAAGCUCGAACACAAAAGACGUCUGAUAAAGGAAAUGGAGGAGAAGCAGAAGUGUGAGAAGGCGGAGCUGGAGCGCAUGCAGCAGGAGGUGGAGUCUCAGAGGAAGGAGUCCGAGCAGGUGCAGUUGCGCAUCCGCAGGCAGGAGGAGAGUCUGCACAAACGCAGCCAGGACAUCGAGAGCCGCAUGAGAGACCUGCUGGCUGAGAAGGAGCGAUUUCAGGAAGAACGUCACAGGGAGCAACAGGAGCAGAAACAGAGGAGAAGACCACAGCAGCUAGAGCAGCACCUGGAGGAGGAGUGUGAGGAUGGGGAGGUGCAGGAAACAGAGGUACGUGAGGAAGAGGAAGACGGCGGAGAAGUGCAGGUCAGGAGAGAACACGCUGAGCAGACGGAGCUCUUCAGAGAACUGGAACGUCUGAAACGGGACCGAGAGGAGCAGGCUGUUAAAAUCCAACUGGAAAGGAGACGUCUGGAGGAGCGGGAGCGGGAGCAGCAUUCUCUCGUGGGUCGACUGGAGGAGCAGCUUCGGGAGCGGAGCGAGGAGGCGGCGGCGCUUCUGAGCCGAGACGAGGCUCGGCGUCUGGAGGAGGAGCAGAGAACGCUGGCUGAGAUCAGGGAGGGUCUGUUGCUCGCGAAGGAGGCCCGGGUGGACGGCGAGGAUGCAGGCGAGGAGGCGCUGAGGAACGCCAGGGAGCGAUACGAGAGUUUCAAGCAGGAGCAGGUACAGGAGCUGGGCGUGUUACUGGAGGGGCUCUCGCAGCAGAAGGAGAGGCUCAAGAUAGAGGUGGCGAACGAUCAUGCCGCCCUCGGAGUCUUGCAGCACGCACACAGGGAGAAGCAGAGACUGGUAAGUGAGAUGCUGGUGUGGGGAGCUCAGGACUCCUCGUCCCUCCUGCAGGAGGAGGCUCAGCUGUCUCAGGCCGAGCACCGGCUGCAGUGUAAAGAGCGACAGCUGGUCUCUCUGUGUCAGAACCACCUGCCUGCCGUGUCCGAAGAGCUGCACCGAGCGGAGGAGGCACUGGAGCGAGGCCGGGGAAGGGAAACGGGGGGCAGCCCCGAGCAGGUGGAGAACGAACUGGACGAGAUGCUGUUUCAGAUUGAGAAGGAGCUAGAGGAGAAGGAAGACCGUCUGUCUCAGCACAGCACCAGCGCCGAGCAGCUCCUGCAGCUGCAGCAGACCUACGAGUUCACGGCAAACGUGGCACGGCAGGAGGAGAAGGUGCGGCGUAAAGAGCAGGAGAUCCUGGAGACGAGGGAGAAGCAGCAGAGGGAGGCGCUGGAGCAGGCAGUGGCACGACUCGAGAGGAGACACUCGGCCCUGCGACGGAACAUCAGCCUAGAGCCCGAGGCCGAGGAGGCCCGCAGGCGGAGCAUCGUAGGCACCGCAGUACCUGAACUUGACCAGGAGAGGAUGGAGAGGGAAAUUGCUCAGCUAAAGCAGAGGAUCAGUCAGAGUGAGGUGAGUGGGCGGAGCCUCUCGGUGAGCAGUGAUGAGAAGAACAGUGUGGGGAACUGCCCAAUGAGCCCCAUCCAGAGCCUCAACACAGUUCUGCCUCUCACCGAUGACCGGUUAAAAGCAUACAUUGAAGAAGAGGUUCAGAAGAGGCUGCGGCAGAUCAACUUGCAGAACUCUGACAAUAACAACGACCUGUCGCUCUCCACCGAGUCACUGCAGAAUAACCAUACACAUCCUGUGGAUCCACGUAGACAGAAGUAUGAGCGCUUCGUGACGGUCCCGCUAAGUCCAAGUCCUGACCGGUUAAAGGAUCCGGUGAAGAUCAGCAUCCCGCGCUACGUCCUUCGGGGACAGGGCAAAGACGAGCACUACGAAUUUGAAGUAAAGAUUACGGUUCUGGAUGAAACAUGGACUGUGUUUCGACGCUACAGCCGCUUCAGAGAAAUGCACAAAUCCCUCAAAAUAAAAUAUCCAGAGCUAGCAGCCCUGGAGUUCCCUCCGAAAAAAAUAUUUGGCAACCGGGAUGAAAGAAUGGUGGCAGAGAGACGCAGUCACCUGGAGCGCUACUUAAGAAACUUCUUCCAGAUCAUGCUGUCGUCGUCCUGCUCCUCCUCUCCUUUGCGAGCCGACGAUUUGGGCCUGCAGCUCUCCAAACACGCCGUGUGCAACAUCUCGCCCUUCUUUAAGAAAGGAGUGUUCGACUACAGCAGUCACGGAACAGGCUGAACCACCACCAACACAACCACUACAAACUUCUCCAUAUGCCCUCCAUUCCCAUUUCUGCACCAUCACUCCACACCACCAGCGAAAGCCAAAGUACUACAUCCCACAGUUUAGUUUACAUGCAGCAGAUCAUCCACGCCUGUGCUACCACCCAUCAUUCUGACCUUGUUACUAUAGCAACCAGGAGGAGAAUAAUAAUAAUAUUUAUUAUAUGACUGUGCAGCUAUUCUGGUUGUUUUUGAGGUAAGUACACUAAAAGCAUUACCUUGUCAUGAAUUUGGAGUCUCACUCAGGACAAAAUAUUCAAAUGCCAUGAACUCGGCCGUCCGGAAUUUCACACAAAUUUCACCUACAUUUCCUGUUUUCUUUUUUUUGUGUUAUGUUUGGUAAUAUUACACACACACAAGGUGGUAUCAAAAAGUUUGGAGAUGAGCUCUGUUUACAACAAAGUACUUUAUUUAUCUACGUUUUCACAUUACCUGCAAAAUAGUACCCUUGCACAGCAAUACAGCGCCCCCCAGUGGUCCUGCUGCUUCUGGAACGUGUUCUGGAAGUCUUUCGUUUCGAAGAGUGAAUCACAAUGGUGUCAAAACUUUGGUCUUUGAGCCUCAUCGUCGGGAAGAGCCGAAUCUGGCGUAUAGUGUGGGAUCUAGAAACUCCCGUGUGAUGAGGAGCUCAGUGACUGGGUGCCCACGUGGACAGAACAGCACAGCUCCCAAUGUACGCGCACAGGAUGAUGUCUUUUGGCAUACUGAUUUAUCAAAGACGGUGCUCAGUAUGAUUGAUCAUGCAGCCUUGUGCUGCCAUCUGCUGGCGUGUUACAAAACUAGUCUUGAAAGUUUUUAAAACCA